AGACAGAUUUCGACCUCGAAACGGACGUCCGAUAUGGAAAAGAAAACUGUCAGUAUUGUUGGUUCAGGAAAUUGGGGAUCUGCUAUUGCUAAAAUCCUGGGUAAAAAUGUUGUGGAGAGAGGAAAGAGAUUCAACUCAGAAAUUAAGAUGUACAUGUAUGAGGAGAUGAUAGAUGGUAGAAAGUUGACAGAGAUUGUAAACACAGAACACGAGAAUGUCAAGUAUUUACCGGGCAUCAAAAUCCCAGAAAAUGUAGUGGCCAUUCCUGAUUUACUGGAGGCCACAACAGGAGCAGAUAUCCUGGUCUUCGUUCUUCCACAUCAGUACGUCCAUAAGAUCUGCAGCACUCUGAAAGAUAAAAUCAAACCCAAGGCAGUCGCUGUCUCCCUAAUUAAGGGAUUUUCCAUUCAUGAUGAUGGGGUUGUGAUUCCAAUGUCUAAAGUGAUUGGGGAGGCAUUGGGAAUUCCCUGUGCAGCAUUAAGUGGGGCAAAUCUAGCAACAGAAGUGGCACAAGAACAAUUUUGUGAAUCCACUAUUGGGUGUGAGGACGAAGAGAUGGGGCAGCUACUGAAGGACUUGUUUGAGACACCAUACUUCAGGAUAGCUGUCGUUCAGGACAGACAGACCGUGGAGGCUUGUGGAGCUCUAAAGAACAUUGUUGGUAUAGGAGCAGGUAUUGUUGAUGGUCUUGGAUACGGAGAUAACACUAAGGCAGCUGUAAUUAGACUGGGUCUGAUGGAGAUGAUUAAAGCUACGGAAAUGUUCAUCCCAGAGAUGAAAGUGACCACCUUCUUUGAGAGUUGUGGUAUUGCAGAUUUAGUGACAACUUGUCACGGAGGGAGGAACAGACUACUAGGAGAAUCUGUCAUCAAAUCAGACAAGACCAUUAAGCAGUUAGAAAAGGAGAUUAUGAAGGGUCAGAGUUUUCAGGGGCCGCUGAUAGCCAGGGAAAUCUACACAAUGUUGGAAAAGAAGAAUAUGACAGACAAAUUUCCACUGUUUACAGCUAUUCAUAAGAUCUGCAUCAGAGAAAUGGAUCCUAAAGAGUUUAUAUCAUGUCUUAGAAAUCACCCAGAACAUCUGUAAAACUGUCCAUCCAUCUAGAGAUCUGUUAGUAUAACUCAAAGGCAUGUCAACAAAUGGCUACAUGAAGACAACAGGAAUCACCCAGAACAUCUGUAAAACUGUCCAUCCAUCUAGAGAUCUAUUAUUAUAACUCAAAGGGAUGUCAACAAAUGGCUACAUGAAGACAACAGGAAUCACCCAGAACAUCUGUAAAACUGUCCAUCCAUCUAGAGAUCUGUUAGUAUAACCCAAAGGCAUGUCAACAAAUGGCUACUUAGAGACAUCAGGAAAUUCCGAAAAAAACAAAACAUAACCUGAUUACUAAGGAACUAUUUAAUGUAAAAUGAUUAAGUUUGUUUUAUUUUACUACAGCAUAAAAUGGUGCACUCCUCUGACAUGUAAAUAUGUUGGAUGAUUCUUUAGUUAGUGUAGUAUUCUGUUGUUGGAACAUUUUGAAGAAUCUUUUAGUAUUGUUCUUUUUGAAUACUAAAUGUAUCUGUUUUGGGGUGUUUUUAUUAACAAAAUGUCACUAGAUAGUUUCUGUUUAGUUGAAAUUUGCUUUUGAUCUCGUCUUAGUUAAUGAACAAAAUUUAUAAGAAUAUAGAACAUGUUUGUUGAUAAUUCAGUUUAUCUUUGCAAGCAUUGAUUCUCUUAUGUGUGUGUGUGUGAGACUGUAUAAAUUAAACUCUCCAUAAUUCAGUCAUAAUUUUUCUGAUCAUGAAGCUACUUGUAGUACAUAACUAGGUUUUUCUGAGUUAUAUGUUUGAAGACUGGCAAUGAAUUAUCUGUUAAAUAUAUGUAUAUAAGGAUAAACCUGAGAUUAUUUGUAGAUUGUGGUAUUUCUCUUUAAAGUUGAAUGCUCCACUUUGAUAUUUUUUAUCCUUCCUUAAGAACAAUGUUCACUUGGGGCCUUUUUUGGCCCUGUGAAUUUCAGAAAAACUAAAACUGCUUGGUUUUAGUUAACAGUGCAUUAAAUAUCAUUUAGACCUUUGGUGACUGAGUAUCUAUCAAAAAUGAUGUAAUUUUCUGGCUAGUCAAUGCAUCAUGAAAUGCGUCAUUUUCCUCAUAUCCUGAAAAAUUCUACAAAAACAGUUAAUUUUGAAAGCUAUUUUUCGAUAUUUAAUAUAGAGCACAACCUCUGAUCUAAAAUAUGCGACUAUUAAAUGAUAAAACUAUUUCUGAGGAUUACAAAACA